GCGGCGGCAAAUGAAAUGGCGAACGUCGGCGGGGGUGGCGGCGGCGGCGGUGGCGGCGCGGGCAAGAUGGCGGUGAGGAGGGGGCUUCGCCGCCCCCGGGGGGCGCCGGGCAGCCGGUCCCCUCGCUCCGCGUUCGUCCGUAGCUGCCUCGGGGAUAAGGAGAAGAAGAAGAAGGAGAGCAUCUUGGAUCUCUCCAAGUACAUCGACAAAACGAUCCGGGUGAAGUUUCAAGGUGGGAGAGAAGCAAGUGGUGUCUUGAAAGGAUUUGACCCUCUACUGAACCUUGUGCUUGAUGGUACCAUUGAAUACAUGAGAGACCCAGAUGAUCAAUACAAAUUAACAGAAGACACGCGUCAGCUGGGACUUGUGGUCUGCAGAGGGACUUCUGUGGUUCUGAUUUGUCCGCAGGAUGGCAUGGAAGCAAUUCCAAACCCUUUCAUUCAGCAGCAAGAUGGCUAAUGGCAUUGUGCUAUCUCUGAAGACUUCAGGGGUACAAAUCAUGGAGGAAACUAUCAGUGUGUGUGAAGCUCCCUGAUUUGUGGGAGGAGUUUGAACAUGUGUUUACGUGAAAAACAGCUUUUAUUUUCGUGGUUUUCCAUAAGAAGUGCAGGAUAGGGUGUGGUGUGCAAGAAGAAAGUUCUGAUUAUUUUUUUUUCAAAUAAAUGUGAAGCUCUACAUUGUUUAGAGCUGACAGGAGAGAAUCUGAUAUCUAGGAAUUGUUAGAAAUCCUCUUGACAUUGUGAAUUUUGAAACAACCACAUUAAAAUCAGUAAAGAAUGCCCCAAAUAUUGUUUAUAUGUUGUGCAUUUUUAAAUACAUUACAACUGUUUUUUAAACUAAAUGAAUCUAAAUAGAUUAGAACAUGUUUUUAUUCCUCUUAGUUUUCAGGACUCAGCUGGGAAGCAUCUUGUGUUUUAGGCUUUCUUCUUUAGAAUUUGGUCUCUUUCCUGCUUGUUCCAGUGCAUGCAGGAGAAGUGCUUUCAUCAUAUGGUACCUUAUCACCUAUACAUGGCGAAGAAGAUCUUUUCCAGCACUUGUUGCAGAUCUUUUGGGCUGUGAUCUGUGUAAUUGGAAGGCUCCCACACUUUUUCAGGAAGAUUGGACUAACUUGUCACAUGAUUAUCGUGUCUCAGCUGAUUGAUGUGAACCUUAUGGAAGUGUCUGUUUGAUAGUUGGAAUUUUAGAGGAAGCAUGUUCAGUUGUAGGCAGUGUCUGGAAAUACUGCUGAUUUUUUUUAUAUAACAAGCAGAACCACGAGGGAUGGCUAUAAUAAUUUGAUUUGUAAGUAAACACUUUAUUUCUUUUAUACUUCAAAUAGCAAGAUUUGAGGACUUGUGAGUGAAUAAAAACAAAUUAACUUGUUUCUAAA